UCCCAAAAAACAAAUAAUGAUCACACUAAUGACGUUGUCAGUGUGUCGUCACCACAGCUGUUGAGCGGCAACAACAAAGCAGCUGCACAAGGCGUACAAGGUAGGAAGCUUGCGCAUAGUAACAGAUCUGCGGCCCUGCGUAGCGCAUGUUGCGAAACGGAACACCGCGAUAGUGUGUAUCGCGCACAAGAACAAAAAGUGCGCCCCCCUUUGACCUAUUUCCGUAGGUACUUCGCAUCUACCGUCGUGAACUGAAUCUCAUUGCAAGCAUCGCGCUCCAAAGCUUCGCGGCUAGAGAAAUGUCGUCGAAGUUUGCGAGUGCGCUGAGGUCUUUCACACGGCCCCACACCCGAGGCUGGCAGACGACAAGGCUCAUGUCAAGAGGAGCAGACGCCAACUCUUCGUCGGAAGACAACAUGAAGAAGUACGACGCCCGUCAAGUUGCAUUUUCGCCGACGCGUUUGGAAGACAUCACGCACAACUACACGGAACGCACUAACGACGUCGAGGACGACAUCGACAUUGAAGACAGUGAAGAGGUGUCUGCAUACAAGUGCGGGAGCAAUGUGAACCUGUACGCGCACAUGCAGAGCAACGUGCCAGAGCCCUUCGACGCUGAAAACAGAAGUCCCAGCAGCCUCAACAUGCCCGGAGGCGGAGCUAGCCGAUCAGAGAAGUACAUCUCUGGCCAGAGGCAGUCAAUUAAUGAAAGAGAGUAGUGCAAUCAUGAAAGAUAUAAUCAUGAGGGUAAUGUAUGCAGUAUAGAAAGAUGCGCUCCAGGGAGCAACUUGUUGGCAGUCCUUAUUUCAAAGUCUAUAGCCUGUAUCGCUGUGGAAAACUAGGCACAUUAAAAAUUUUCCUCUGUUGCA